AUGGAGAGUUCCCUCUUGCAGCCACCGCAAAAUGCGGGCACAAAGAGUCGCGCGAUCCAGCAGGCAAAAGAGAUGGAGAUGCUAGUCGCAGAGAGGGCGAAGCGCAGCGGAGAUGAACCGCCACCUUAUGGAUUCUCUGAAUUGAUUGGGAAGGGCUCGUAUGGUCGUGUCUUUAAAGGCAUCAAUCCCGCAACCGGUGGACUGGUUGCGAUCAAGAUCAUCGAUAUUGACAAGGUCGACUAUGAGGAAAUGACCACGAAGAACCUGGAAGAAACGCUAAAAGAGAUCAGGAUUCUGCAGCAGUUACGGGAUAGCAAGGCGCGUCCGUACGUCAAUAUCAUUGAAGAGGCCCGAACCGUCCACAAUGAGCUCUGGAUCAUCAGCGAAUAUUGCAGCGGCGGCAGCGUGCACACUCUCAUGAAGCCAACAAUGACACUUCAGAAUCCCGGCCUAGAUGAGAAGUACAUCAUAGCUAUCGCACGUGAACUAGCGUUGGGACUUAAGUACAUCCACGAAGCAGGCGUUUUACAUCGGGAUCUCAAGUGCAACAAUAUUCUUGUCAAUGAAGAGGGUCGAGUGCAGUUGUGCGACUUUGGUGUCUCAGGCCAGUUGGAGCCCGAAAUCGCGAAACGCUCGACGAUCGUUGGUACACCUUACUGGAUGGCUCCAGAGUUACAAAAGGAAUGGGUGAAAGAUGCGGAUCCCAGCAGCAUGGUCCGACCGAAUGAAGUUCUUUAUGGUUCCGAGGUCGAUAUCUGGGCAUACGGAUGCACAGUCUUCGAAAUGGCGACCGGUUUUCCUCCAUUCCACAAAACUGUUCAAUGGAAACUUCCCGAGAGUGGCAUUCCUCAACUCGAAGGCGCUAGGUUUUCUGAUAAUCUCAAGAGUCUCGUUGCUUUCGUCCUCGCACCCAAUCCUCAGGAUCGUCCAACGUCAGACCAAAUUCUAGAGCAUCCAUUUCUCGCAAACACUACCAAGAUGUAUCCUUCUUAUAUUCUGGUCCAGCUUGUGGAGCGCUACUAUCGUUGGGAACAGGGCGGAGGCGCUCGCGCUUCACUCUUCAAUCCCUAUGGUGCUCAAGCACCUGAUCCCCUUGCUCCAGAGAUCGAAGACGAUGAAGAUGACUGGACGUUCAGCACCACUGAUGAUUUCGAAAGGCAAAUUGGCGGCCAGUUUCCUGACCCAUUCUCCGGCUCACCGUCUGGUCAAAAUUUCAUGAGCGCGCCUCCCCCUGACGACGAUCGCUUUGCAAAGUUACAGGCAAGUAUCAAGGAAGAGCAAAUCAAACGAGGAAAGCGGCGCCUGGAUCGAGUAUUCGACCAGAAUUCAACACCCUAUCGGUACAGCGGGGUAGGGUCUGAUCGACCUCCUUCUGACCUCGUUCUUCGUGACUUCAACCCCGGUGCACCAAAUCGAGAAACGGUUAUUGACUUAGACUUUGCUGCACCCUCGGUAGCAGAUGUCCCUAGUAUUGAUCUUGGCGAGGUACCCACCUUGAAAGCUAAUCGAAUGCAUCGGCUGCUCCGCGAAACAGAGCUGGAGGAGGAAGAAGAAGGGCAUGAUUCCUUCUCGCAGAAUCAACUAACGAAACGCGCAACUCGUGACUGGAAAUUUCCAGUUAUGGCAGAGGACCCUAUGCCGGCGAAACCAAUUCCAGAAAAGCCGAAUCGACGGACAAUGGAGUGGACUUUUGAUGCGUCCAUGGCUGAGGCAAACUACGAGCCUCUUCCCAAAGAACUUCGGUUUUCUCGCCGACGUGAGACCCAAGAACUUACCGUCCCAAUGAUGACUGCGCCUCUAGAAGACAACCGCCGGACUCGCGAUUUUGUCUUUCCACCGAGGGAGCCAGCCGAGAGUCAAAGCAGCAUGUCUGAUCAAGGCCCUGUCUUCGCGUCUUCACCCACACUUGGACCUGACUUCCGACCGAGUUUGAGACAUGCUACGACUGAACCUGUUGGCUCGUUCGACGAUUAUCCUCGUAUUAUCUCGGCGCCAGAUUCCCCCCUUCGAACUUCAAUGAUAGAUUUGGACAUGGCGAACAUUGAUGAUUAUCGCCCGUCCACCGCCGACUCAGCAUCAACGUCCACAUAUACGGCAGGAACAGAGGCCACGAACGGCAAUCCCUUUGAUCUCGAAGACCAAGUCCAUCUCUCACAGAAUAACAACCGUGCCUCGUACCACAUGAAAUCGCAAUCCGAACCCAAUCACGCCAUCCCUGGUCUUCUCACACCUAACGCUUACGACGAGCAAGAGUACCCCACAGAGCAAGGACACCCUCACUCCAUGCACGCCCGGGGUGUCUCUUCCGUCUCGCAGAUGCAAGUGAAGCCCCCGCCAAACAACAUGGGAUACAGUCGACAGCGCAGCCAGCAAGUAGUCUGGGAUAGCUGGAGCCACCAAGCCGCCUACAACAUCGAUGAGUCCCCACCCGCAUCCGUGUCAACCUCUGGCUCAGCCGAAGACGAAGACUCCGUCGACGAACUCUGGGAACAAUAUGAAAGACAAGCCCAGCAGUCACAACGUCGGCUCUACGACCGCGGACCCUCGAGUAUGCGCUCCCGGAGAACCGCAUCGACGGAUGAUGACCUUGCGCGCUCUUCCGACGCAGAUGCGGAAGAAUACGCGGACGAUAAUGAUGGCCUUGCUUUCCAGCGCCCGGCCACACGUACGUCAACGCUCAUAUCCCGCGUCAGCGUUGGGCCUAACGGGAAGCCGCUUGUCGAUUUCCCGGUCCCGAGGGGUCCUGAUCCUGAAGCGCUAGUCGGUGUGGAGAGUGACCCCAUCAUUCUGAGUAAUGCGUUGUGGAAGAGUACGACGGAGUUAAGGGAUGGAUUGAGGGCAAGUAGGGAUUUGUUGAAAGCAAUGAGGUUGGAGGAGAUGAAACCUCCGGGAAUGGGAAUGGAGGGGUUAAGUGAAGAGGAGGGAGAUGGGGAGGGGCAGGGAACGGUUAGGGUGGCGAAGUGA